AUGGCCGACGCCGAGAACCCGCCGACCAAGCCCACCAAAGCCUCCGCCGCACCCUUCGUCGUCUUUGACGCCGCCAGCGCCAACAAGGUCACCAAACCCAAAGCAGCCGCCGCCGUCGCCAGCGCCGAUGCCCCGACGCACGGCCGCCGCUGGCGCUGGAUGCGGUGGGCGUGCUGCGGCGCGGCCGUCGCCGGCGCGCUGACCGCGGCGGCGGUCCUGACGCUGUCGCUCACCGUGCUCAGGGUCCGGGACCCGACGCUGUCCAUGGAGUCCGUGGCCGUCAAGCGCUUCAGCGUGCGCUUCGACGCCACCGCACACCCCGAUCGGCCGCUGCGGAUCAACCUCACGCUGUCCGGCGACAUCGUGAUCCGCAACCCCAACUACGAGUCCAUGCGGUUCAGCGCCAGCGCCACGGAGAUCUUCGUGGAAGGAGCGGCGGAGCUGGGCCCCGUUGGCGUGGGGCGCGCGCCGCCCGGGGAGGUCCCCGCGCGCGGGGCCAGCCGGGUGGGCGCCGACGUGAACGUGUUCGUCGACAGGGUCGCGCCCGCCGUGGUGGCGAAGGUGCUGUUCGGCGACGGCGAGGUGCGGUUCGACACCCGCACCGCCGUCGAAGGCAGGGUCAGCCUGCUCGGCGGACUCUACGGCCGCCGCACCGUGCGCGUCGCCAUGCGGUGCCGCGUCGCGCUCCGCGUCUCGGCCGCGACCGUCGCCGUCGCCGGCAACCCCGCGUGCGUCGCGGACUUUGGACGCUGA